UUUACACAUUCAAAGUUGGCAAGUUGCAUUAAAUAAUAAUUGAUGAAUAAUAAGUGUACAAAAAUGUAUGUUUUCGUUUUCGCGUUUCCACAUGACAAAUAAAGCGUGGCUUUAUGAUGAUGAUGGUCUGUAUUUUAAUCUUCUCCUCAACGGUCAUGCAGUGGAAAUAAAGCAGUUGCAUCAAUGAAAUGAUAGUAAAGUUAGUCUGCAGCCACGCCCCUGUGCUAACGGUACCGCCCACGGCGCAAAUUACAAGACGAAAAUUUUAAAAAUCAUUUAGAUUUCAUUUAUUCAAAUAUUUGUUUAUGACAUCACAAUUUCAAGUAAAAUUGAAAAAAGGCAACUAUCCAUUGAUAAUGUAACUGGAAAAACAAGAAAAAUAAAUGUCUGAUUUCCAUUUUUUAAAUUUUUUUCAUUUGCAUUUUAUGGUCCGAAAAUUGAAUUUUGAAGCGUUACACGGAUCCAGUAUUUUUAAAUAUGCUUAAAUAUUCACAGAUCAUGUUGCGAUUUAUUGCAGUCAGUUCUACUUUCCAUGUCUCCAUCCAUUAUUUCGCGUGUUUUACGUGACAUCUUUCCAUUUUCAUGACUGGAUUGCGGGAUUCCCUUACGUCACUCUAUCCGACGACACAGCAAAUCUUCUUUCACUUAAUCAGUGCCAGUUUUCACGGUUUCACGUUCGUUUGAGCAACACGAAACAAAAACUGUUACAAAGUUCACCUCCUUCGCGGCCAAAACUUUAUGAAACUGUAUAACAAACUGUUGCUCCGCUUCCAACAUGAACAUGGCAAUUGUAUGUAUAGCUUUAAUGCUCAUAGAGAUAUGCUUAUAAUAUGUGGAAUUUGUUUUUUGAUUUUUUCUAAGCAAAGUUGGUCAGAGUAAUUGCUGUAGAGCUGGAUGUGGUUUAGAGAGACAGAAGGGGAAGGAAAUGCCAAUAUUAGAUGUUGACGCACAUUAUCCUCUCAGUACGGAAGAGAAGGACAGUAACGUUUGUCACUUUGUUCAUGUAUUUGAGCGAAACACUCGUCAGAUGUCAUGAUGUUGGACGUCCUGCUGCUCUUUUCCAGCAUCUGUACAGCUGUUGGUGGUCGAGCUCCACAGACAAUUACUGGAUUCAGAGGAGAGAGAGUUGACAUCAGAUGCUCAUAUGAAUCUGGAUAUGAAUCAUAUUCAAAGUAUUUUUGUAAAGGGGACUGUUUAUUGUCAAGUGACAUCAUGGUUAAAUCAGGAUCUCCAGCUGAAGACGAGAGAUUCUCUCUGACUGACGACACGACGGCCAGAGUUUUCACCGUCACCAUCACUGAUCUGAGAACAGAGGAUCAAGGCCAAUACUGGUGUGCUGUGGAGAGGAUUAUUAUUACUGAUGUCUAUUCAGAGAUUAUGUUGCUGGUUAAACUGGGUAAUAAGACUACUGAGGUUUCAACUAUCAGCUCUUUUUCAAAAACAUCAUCAUCAUCAUAUUUCAGUACAUCAGAACCGAAUCUACGAAUAACCAGCAUGAAUCCCACAGAUCAUCACGUCACUGAUGGUCAGGCCUCUCGUUCAGGGUCUGUCAUCUACAUCUGUGUUGGGUUAGUCUUCAUCAUGAUCAUCUUCCUCAUGGCGCUGAUCGUGUUGUUCAGGAAAAGAAGCAAGAAAUCAUCAAGAGUUACACAAUCAGGACUUUCCCAGCAUGUCGCAGUCGGGCUGUUGCCUUUGAGUACAAGAGCAGAAACCACUGCAGAGGACAUUGACUGGAGUGACCAUAAUUAUCAGGAAAUCAGCGAGUUCAAGUGCAAGAACAGAGAUACUAUCUACAAUACAGCAGAAAGUCCAGAUGAUCCAAUGAUCUACUCCACUGCAGAUAAACCAGAUCCAAUGAUCUACUCCACUGCAGAUAAACCAGAUUCAACGAUCUACUCCACUGCAGAUAAUCCAGAUUCAAGUUUCUACGAUCUACUCCACUGCAGAUAAACCAGAUCCAAUGAUCUACUCCACUGCAGAUAAUCCAGUGAUCCAGUGAUCUUCUCAACAAGAGACCUUGAGUGACUUCCAAAU